AUGGCUAACCCACAAAGAAUAAUUGAAUUACAAAAGUUAUUCCAAAAGUCUACUAAGCCAAUUUGGUGGAGACAUCCUAGAUCUGCUUUCUACUUGUAUCCAUUCUAUGGUUUAUUUGCAGUUGCAGUUAUUGCUCCUUUAUGUUACAUCCCAAACGCUAUUAUGGGUAUUAAGGCAAAGAAACAUUAA